UUUUAAAGAAAGUAAUUUUGGAUGAGUUUAUUAUAAAUAGUUUUAUGUUACAAUAUUUUCUUAAAAUGUUGUGAUAGAACUACUGCUAUUAUUAGUAAUGGUUUUAUCGUUUUUCAUAGACCCCUGUUCUUUAAAGAGCAAUACUUGUGAUCUAUAUUGACCUGUUUGUAGCUAAUGUUUGUAAUCAAAUUGUUUUUAAUUAUUAUUCAAUCAUGCUGAUCAGACAAUUUAAAUAUUAAUUUAGAAUAGUCUUGUACUGAAACUAAACUUUAGUAUUAGUAUUUAUAUAUCUUAUAUUGUGAAUCAGGUAAAUAAUUUAUUUUGUAAACCAUUUUACAACAAAAGCAUUGUAUUUUGGUAAUUAUUUUGCAUAUUGUUAUGAAUAUGAAAUACAGUGAGUGAAGUGUAAUGAACGUUUGAACUAUGACAAUCUUCAACUUGUGCUGUGCUGAUUCAUGCAGAAUAUCAUGGAGGAAUCUUUCAGAAGAGCAAGACUUUGUCAAAUUUCAUAUAUGGCUACCAAUUUAAGUUUGCUGGACCAAAUGUUCAUGAAUAAGGCUGGACUGGACGCGCUAUCACGACGUGCAAGAAGAUAGCUGUGCUGAAAAAAGAGGAACACUACACUAUACUACAGUUCUGGACACUACACCAACGCGCAAGAAUAGACUGGACUGGACGUUCGAGAAGAGGACUGGACUGGAAGUGCAACAAGAGAGCUGGACUGAACUGGACUUGUGAGAAGAAGACUAAACAUGCGAGAAGACCAUACUGGACUAGGCGUGCAAGGAAAUCGCACUGAACUCUGCGUGCUAGAAGAUUGGACUAGACUGGACGCGCUACGCCAUAUUUGAGAAGGAAACAGGACUGGAUGUGCAAGAAGAGGGCUGGACUGGACUGGGCGUGCAAGAAGAGGACUGGACUGGACUGGACGUGCAAGAAGAGGGCUGGACUGGACUGGACGUGCAAGAAGAGGGCUGGACUGGACUGGGCGUGCAAGAUGAGGGCUGGGCUGGACUGGACUGGACUGGAUGUGGAAGAAGAGGGCUGAACUAGACGGGAUGUGCAAGAAAAGGCUGGACUGGACUGGAUGUGCAAGAAGAGGGCUGGACUAAACUGGACGUGCGAGAAAACCAUACUGAACUGAGUGCGCAAGAAGACCAGUACUGGACUGGGCGUGCAAGAGGACCGUACUGAACUGUGCGUGCUAGAGACCGGACUAGACUGGACGCGCUACGCGACGUGUGAAAAGAGGAGUUUACUUGGACGUGCAAGAAGAGGGCUGGACUGAACUGGACGUGCAAGAAGACCGUACUGGACUGAGCGUGCAAGAAAACAGUACUGAACUGGGCGUGCAAGAAAACAGUACUGAACUAGGCGUACUAGAAUACCUGACUAGACAGGACGUGCGAGUAGAAGACUGGACAGAGGACGUACGAGAAGAGGGCUGGACUGAACCGGACGUGCGAGAAGACCGUACUGGACUGGGCGUGCAAGAAGACCGGAUUGGACUGGAUGCGCUACGAUAAUGGAGGUGCAAGAUGGCUGGACUGGGCAUGCAAGAAGGAUGGACUGGACUGGACUGAGCCUGCAAGAAGACGAAUGGACAUGGCGCUCUUCUACGGCGUGCAAGAAUAGAUUGGUUGCGCUACGCAACGUGCGAGAAAAGGAUUGAAAUGGAAGUACAAGGAGACAGGACUGGACUGUGCGUGCAAGAAGGCCGGACUGGACUGUGCGUGCAAGAAGACCGGACUGGACUGGGCGUGCAAGAAGACCGGACUGGACUGGGCGUGCAAGAAGACCGGACUGGACUGGGCGUGCAAGAAGACCGGACUCUGGACUGGGCGUGCAAGAAGACCGCACUGGACUGGGCGUGCAAGAAGACUGCACUGGACUGGGCAAGCAAGAAGACCGGACUGGACUGGGCGAGUAAGAAGACCGGACCGGACCGGACUGGACGAGUAAGAAGACCGGACUGGACUGGACUGGGCGUGCAAGAAGAUUUAACCGAACUGGACUGGGCGUGCAAGAAGAUUUAACCGAACUGGACCCGGGCGUGCAAGAUUUAACCGGACUGGACUGGGCGACCAAGAAGACCGGACUGGACUGGACUGGGCGUGCAAGAAGAUUUAACCGAACUGGACUGGGCGUGCAAGAAGAUUUAACCAAACUGGACCCGGGCGUGCAAGAAGAUUUAACCGAACUGGACCGGGCGUGCAAGAAGAUUUAACCGAACUGGACUGACUGGGCGAUCAAGAAGACUGGACUAGACUGAGCGAUCAAGAAGACUGGACUGGACUGGGCGAUCAAGAAGACUGGACUGGACAGGGCGUGCUAGAAGACCGGACUGGAGUUGGCGUGCAAGAAGACCGGACUGGACUGUGGGCGUGCAAGAAGACCGGACUGGACUGUGGGCGUGCAAGAAGACCGGACUGGACUGUGGGCGUGCAAGAAGACCGGACUGGACUGUGGGCGUGCAAGAAGACCGGACUGGACUGUGGGCGUGCAAGAAGACCGGACUGGACUGUGGGUGUGCAAGAAGACCGGACUGGACUGUGGGCGUGCAAGAAGACCGGACUGGACUUCGCGUGCAAGGAGACCGGACUGGACUGGAAUGGACUGGGCGUGCAAGAUGAUCGGACUGGACCGGGCGUGCAAUAUGAUCGGGCUGGACUGGGCGUGCAAGAAGAUUUAACUGAAGUGGACUGGGCGUGCAAGAAGAUUUAACCGAACUGGACCGGGCGUGCAAGAAGAUUUAACCGAACUGGACCGGGCGUGCAAGAAGAUUUAACCGAACUGGACUGGACUGGACUGGACUGGGCGAUCAAGAAGACUGGACUGGACUGGACUGGGCGAUCAAGAAGACUGGACUGGACUGAACUGGGCGUGCAAGAUGACAAGGCUGGACUGGGCGUGCAAGAUGACCGGGCUGGACUGGGCGUGCAAGAUGACCGGGCUGGACUGGGCGUGCAAGAUGACCGGGCUGGACUGAGCGUGCAAGAAGACCGGGAUGGACUGGGCGUGCAAGAAGACUGAACUGAACUGGACUGGACUGGGCGUGCAAGAAGACCGGGCUGGACUGGGCGUGCAAGAAGAUUUAACUGAACUGGACUGGGCGUGCAAGAACUGAACUGGACUGGGCGUGCAAGAAGACUGAACUGAACUGGACUGGGCGUGCAAGAUGACUGAACUGAACUGGACUGGGCGUGCCAGAAGAUUGAACUGAACUGGAUUUAGCGUGCAAGAUGAUCGGGCUGGACUGGGCGUGCAAGAAAAUUUAACUGAACUGGACUGGGCGUGCAAGAAGACUGAACUGAACUGGCCGGGCGUGCAGGAAGACCGGACUGGACUGCGCGAGCAAGAAGACCGGACUGGGCUAGACGCGCUACUAUGACGAGUAAAACUGGGCUGAGCCAGUCGCCAGAAAUAGCGCUAGAUAACUGAAAUUGCAAGAAGACUAGUCCAGAUUGGGCGUGCAAAAAGACCGGAAUGCACUGGACGCGCUACUACAACGUGCGAGAGAAUUGGACUGGGCUGAACGCACUACUACGACGUGCAAGAAGAUGCCUGGGCUGAAUGCGCUAUUACGACGUGCAAGAAGAUGCCUGGACCGCAGCUGGGAUGCAACUACGACAUGUAAAAAUGGGACUGUAUGCAUCUAAGACGUGCAAGGACGGGGCUGGAUCCGGCGACGACGUGUAAAACGGGGCUAGAUACUACUACGAGGUGCAAGAAGAGGACAGGACUGGACGUCAUUACUGGGUGCAAGAAGAUGGAUGAAUGGACGAUUCCAGGAGUUGAACUUCUUAGUUGUCAUAAUUACAAGAUUUAGUAAACAAUUUUGAAAAAAAUAAGACAUGAAGUCAUUAGCUCAUUGU